AUGUCGACCAUGUCGGCCCGCUCUGCCUGGCGCACUCUGCACUACAGCGCUAAGCGCCGUGCUAUCCAGCCGUCAACCCCCUAUCGUUGCUUCUCCUGCACCCGCGCAUCUCAAGACCCGAAAUCCGACCACGAGCGCAUGACACACUUUGGAUUCCGCAAUGUGCCUGAAUCAGAGAAAGUGUCUCGAGUCGGCGCCGUCUUCAGCUCCGUAGCCUCCUCCUACGACCAAAUGAACGACCUCAUGUCCCUGGGCAUCCACCGUCUCUGGAAAGACCACUUCGUCCGUAGUCUGAACCCCGGUUCCCCCCUUUCUGCUCGGAUCAACAACCCCCAACAAAAAGGCUGGAACAUCCUCGAUAUCGCCGGUGGAACAGGUGACAUUGCCUUCCGAAUGCUCGAUCACGCUACAAACAUCAACCACGACAUCGAGACCCGCGUUACAAUCAGCGACAUCAACGCAGACAUGCUUGCCGAGGGAAGAAAGCGAUCAAUCAACACACCCUACUACAAUACCCCUCGAUUGGACUUUAUCGAAGCUAAUGCUGAGUCGAUGCCUCAUAUCCCCUCUAACUCUGUGGAUUUGUAUACGGUUGUUUUCGGAAUCCGAAACUUCACCGAUAAACAGGCUGCGCUUAAUGAGGCGUUUCGGGUCCUGAAGCCUGGUGGUGUCUUUGCUUGUAUGGAGUUUAGUAAGGUUGAUAAUCCUGUUUUUGAUGCGGUGUACAAGCGUUGGAAUUUCAGUGCUAUCCCGCUUAUUGGACAGCUUGUUGCUGGGGAUCGGGAUAGUUAUCAGUACCUUGUUGAGAGUAUUGAACGCUUUCCUAGCCAGGAGGAGUUCCGUGGUAUGAUUCAGAAGGCUGGGUUUAUGGCUCCGGGAAUUGGGUAUGAGAAUCUUACUGGUGGUAUUGCGGCUAUUCAUAAGGGUAUUAAGCCUGUUACUAAGGCUUAG